AGGGUGCUGUCCUGUGGGAUGGAUGACGCCCAAGAGCAGGACCAGUACGAGGAGCGCCUGAAAGAAGUUUUUAACAGUUUCGACACCAGCGGCUGCGGCUCUCUGUGCCCAGAGGAACUCUCCGACCUCUGCCAGUCGCUGCACCUGGACGAUGCCACACCAGCCCUCCUCCAUACGCUGCUGCAAAACCAGGACCGCCUCACUGCCAGGGUUGACUUUGACCAAUUCAAGAAUGCACUGAUUCUGGUUUUGUCAUCAACCAUCGAGCCACCUCAAGCAGAACAGGAAACCUUGCAAAAACCAGAGUCUCCAGAGAUCCAACCAAAGUUUGUGAAGGGCAGUAAACGUUACGGCCGCCGCUCCACGCCGGAGUUAAUAGAGCCCAUUUCAGACUUUAACGAAGUCACCAAUGCAAACCCAGCAGAGGGAGAGGAUCUGGAGGACAACUAUGACUCAGCUGUUCCCAGGAAGCGUGAGCGCUGGAAUGCUCAUGAAACAAGCAUGGAGGAGUACGAGGCAGAAGGCCAGAUGCACCUCUGGAACCCCGAUGAGCCGAGCACACCUCGGGGAUCCAUCGUUCCUCUGUCGGCCCGUUUGGAGGAGAGGCUGCGCGAAGCCUGUGAGGAGCUGGCCAUAUCAUGGGACAGAUGUGCCAGUCACGCUGAACUACUCGCUCUCUGUGAACAUCUGGGCCUGGAGAUAAAUGGGGAUGUGCUCCUGAGUUUAACUGGCGAUGGAGUGAUGAACGUUCAGGACUUCGUAUCCAGGGUUGUCAACCACAACAAACCCCCCACACCAUCUGCCUCCACACCCUACAGACAGCUUAAACGACUUCACUCCACUCAGCCCUUUGACGAGGGAGGCCGUAGGAUUGCCACCCCCUCUGCUCUGACCAGCACCAUCGGCAUGCGUCUCUUCUCCACCCUCGAUGAUGGCACCGGUUUCACUCCAGUUGAAUAUAUCCUGGAUGCCUGGAUGGAAGAAGGCAUUGAAAACAGCACUGAGAUCCUGCAGGCUUUGAAUUUCGACCUGGAUGGCAAAGUGAGUCUCAGUGAUCUCACCAUGGCACUUGAAAAUGAGCUGCUUGUUACUAAGAAUGGGAUUUACCAAGCAGCACUGGCGAGCUUCAAAGCUGAGAUCAGGCAUCUAAUGGAGUGUGUCGACAGGGAACUCAGGGAGAAGGAGAAAGUCCAGUCUGACCUGGAAAAAGCAGAGAAGUCGAAAACUCAGCUCGCCACUGAGGUGGACGAACAUCACUCUGCGAUUGAGCAGAUGAAUAACCUCAAGCUCAGGAAGCUCGAGCAGGACCACAAAGAGAAGCUAGCAGCGGUACGAUCAGAGCUGAUGAAGGAGAUGGAUCAGAUCCAGCAGCAGGCGGGCCUGCAGCGGGAGGAACUGGAGGCAGAGAUCGAGAAGAUCAGGGAGGAUGAAUCUUUUCUCAGAGACCACCUCUCCAUUUCUGUGAAGGAAAAUAGACGUCUUGAAAUGGAGCUGCUGGACAACACAGAAAAACUAGUGGACGCACAAAGCCAAAUUACAAAGCUCCAGACAAGUUUGGACAACGUAAUGAAAGAAAAGUUUGGCGACUUGGACCCCGGUAGCGCAGACUUCUUCCUCCAAGAGGAACGGAUUAAACAGCUGCGGAGUGGCUAUGAAGCUCAGUGCAGGGAGCUGCAGGAUCGUAUUGAUGAGCUGCAGUCAGAGUUGCGGGAGUUCCACAGUCUUGGUCGAGUUCAUCAGCCCUGCCACAAACCUCUCUCUGAAGAGCUGGAGAGCAAAAGCCCUGGCAUGGAGUCUGAUCCAGGCAUCGGUUCAGAGGAGGUUCAGCCAUUCAGCAUGAGUCUGGAGGCAGAGAUGAUGCUGGAGCAGCUGAAGGAGCAGCACCUUCAGGAAAUGGAGGAUUUGCGAAACCAACUGGAAAGCAAGAUGAAUGAAUUUGAUAAGAUGGUAGAAAAGCAGAGGUCCACCCAUGAGGACCAGAAGACGGCCUUAGCUCUCCAGUACCAGCGGGAGGUCCAGGCUCUGAGGGAGGAGAUGGCCAGCGUUCAGAGUCAGGCACAGCAGCUCCAGAGCCAGCUAGAUCAGGCGGAGCUGGAGCGGACCUGUCUGGAGGAGAAGCAGGCGGAGGAGAGGGAAGAGCUUGAAAACCUGCAAGAGGAGGAAGUGGGAAGCCUCAGACAGCAGCUGCUCGAGACCCACACUCACACCGCAGACCUGGAAGAGCAGCUGAAGACCCUCAAAGCCCAGCAGGCUGAGACAGAGGGAAAACUUCACACUGAGAUGGAGGAACUGAAAAAACAACAUGCCGCUGACAUUAAGAAGCUCGAGGAGGAACAUGUGGAACUUUAUGAAGCCAAACUGGAAGAGGAGAGAAACAAACUUCAGGAAGAAAAGGCUGAGUUGGAGCAGAAGUUGUUAGAUGAUUAUGAAAGGGAGAAGGAACAGUUGCAACAAAGCCAUGAGGCUGAACUGAAGGCCAAACUAGAGGAGGCUAAGCUGAGGUUUGAGGAGGAGCGGGAUGAGAUGGUGCAGAGACUUACAGAGCAGUGGCAGAAGGAGAGGGCUCAGCUGGAUGAGCAGAACAAUGAGUCUCUGCAGGUGCUGCUGGAGGAAGAGAUGCUGAAGCUUGUCAAGGAACAAGAAGAGAAGGAGAGCAAGUUCAGAGAGCAGUGGGAGGCUGAACGAGCUCAGCUUCAGGAGCGUCACGAGGACAGUCUACUCGAAAGAAUACUUCAAGAAAGGCUGCAGUUGCAAGAGCAGUUUGAGCAGAGGGAGAAGAAGCUAAAGGAGGACUGGGAGAGGGAGAGGCUGCAGCUGGAGGAGGACUAUGAGGGGAUGCUCCAGGAUAGGUUGAAUGAGGAGAAGGAGAAGCUCGAGACUGAGAAAGAGGAGGUGGAGAAGAGACUAGACAGUUUAAUGGCGGAGGAGAGGGCUCGUCUAGAGGAGAGCCAACGAGAGGCCGUGAAGGAGCUGACCGCUAAGCACACAGAGGAGAGGGACACACUCAGCAGCAUGUUGGACAAACUACGAGAUGACUUCGCUCAGGAGAGGAGGGAAAUCGAGAGCAGCUUCACCCAAAGAAUCAGAGACGUGGAAGAGCGUUUCUCAGGUGAUCAAGAAUCUGUUGCAGAGCGUUUUCAAGCUGACGUUUUGAAACUCGAACAGCACUACCAAAGCGAGCUGAAGGCGCUUUCUGAGAGCCACGUCGAACAGAAGCUCCACUGGGAGGCGCAGAUACAGAAGGCUCUUGAGAAUGCCGAGGAACAGCGAAGAAUGAUGGAGGAGGCUAUGGAGCAGGAGAGAGAGAGACUGAAUCAAGAGUGGACAAGAGAGCGGCGUGAACUCGAAAGAAUUCACAAGGAAGAGCUUGAAGAACUGAUGAUGAAGAACAGGCAGCUGCAGAGUGAACUGGAUGACUUCAUUGGUAUGUCCCAGACAAAAGAGAUAGAGCUCAGCAGGCAGCUGAAUGACCUCCACAACCGUCUUCAGGAAAGUCUGGAAACCAAAGACGAGCUUCUCGCUCAGUCCGAGAGAAAAGCGCUUGAGACUGAGCUCCUGUUAAAUCAAACCGUGGAAGAUUUCAAACAGGAGAGGGAAGAACAUCUGAGUAGCCAGGCAGAGCUGGAGGCGAAAUACAACGAGAUGCUGGUGAUUUCUGAGAGGCAGAUCACAGAGAGGAUUGAACUGUUGACAGAGCGAGAUGAUUUAAAGAUGAAGAUUGAGGAGCUGGAGAUGCUGCUUAAUCAGGCGGCCGUGGACUUUGAACUUGAGAGGAGGGAGCUACAGGAGCAUGUGUCUAUGCUCGAGGAGAAGUUUAAAGAUAAUCUUGAGAAUGACAGAGAAGAGCUUGUAGCAGAGAGAGACCAGCUUAUAAGAAGAACUGAAGAGCUAGAGAAGGAACUCAGUCAGGUUUUGGCCUCUAUAGAAAAGGAUGAGAAAAAAGAAACGGAGGAAUCAAAUGACACAUUUACAGAAGAACUGCAGAACACCAGAGAAUGUAUUUCAGUAUCCGAUGAAGAGCAGGAAACAUGUCUGGCACCUGAAAUCCGAGUCAAUGAUGUUGUUAUUCUUACCAAUUCCUCUAAUCAGGAACCAGUGUGUUUGUCACCGUUUGUGGUUGAACAAGAUGCAGAGACGGAUACUCCUGACGCAGGGGACGGGGGCCCUGAAGAUAUCGUUAAUGUUGCUCGUGAAUACGAUAAAGAUGGCCCUGGUAGCAAUGCUGAUGAUGAAGGCGACAACAUGCCACAAACAGAGACAGAUGACACCGAGAACCAAGAACAAGACAAUCAAAUUAUCACUGAAAGUAAUAACACACUGCCUGAAAACGACAGUGGUGUUGGUGACGGAUGUGAGAAUCAAGUUGGUGCUGUUUCUGGUUGUCAGAUUGGAGAUUCAGGCCCAGAAGAAGCUGAAGAAGAUCCUCGCGUUGGCUGUUGUUCCACAGAAGUUGGACUUUGUCGUGAAGAAGACACAGAAUCAAAUCCAAGCAAUGUUGAAAACGAAAAAGAUUCGGUUCGCCCAGAGAUUCAGUGUGAGGCUCUCUCAUCGCUUGAGGUGUUUGAAGGUGCGGAUGCUGAUGAGGAUGCAACAGAUGGUGAGAAUAAAAUAGCUCUUGAAUCAUGUGAGGACGAGCAGAAACCUCAAGAUUUACCCGCUUUGGACUCUGGAAGUCCUUCCCAUGAAGAUGAGCCAUGUCAUGGGACUGUGGUCAGUCCAUCAGCGCUGGAGGAGACAGGUGACCCUGGUGAACGCUGUCUGGAGGAUGCUGAGGUUAAGUGUUUACCAAGUAACUCUCACCACCAUGAACAGGAAGCUGACUGUAAACAUUUAACCGCUAAAAUAGAGGAUGAGCACGCUGCCUGUGCACAUGAUCGCUCGGAGCAUGAAGAUGGUGAUUGUGAGGACCGGGGUUGCCCUCUCCUUAAACUGCAGGCUUCUUAUAACACUGCCACGGAGGAGAACAUCCUCCUACAUGAGAAGAUUUCUCUGCUUCAACAGAAGACAGAAAUACUCGAGAAUCUUCUGGCUCAUAACAGUGAAAAGAUUAAAACUGGGCACCAGGUUUUGGAGGAAAACUAUACCCUCAAGGUGAAAAUGAUACUGCUGAUGGAGCACGUCAAAGAGCUAGAGAUAAAGGCCUUAAAAAUGACAGAUCUUCAGAUUCGAUAUGAAGAUUGCAUGUGUGAAAAUGCCAAGCUGAAGGACCAGAACAGUGAGCUUGAAAAGAGGGUUUGGAGCCUUGAAAGCAGGAUGAAUAUUUUCCACGACUUCCAAGAUCAGCAGCUUUCACUGGUGGACGAGAUCAGCAGGAUGAGGGAAGAAAACGCCAAGCUGUCUGAGCUGUUCGGCGAACUGGAGAGGCAGGACGAGGUUCUUUCAGCCAUGCAUCCAGAGAGCCCCACAGAGGAGGAUUUGCUAGCUCUGACCAGUCAGCUGGAGGUUAAAGUUCAGGCCGUGUUCGACCUCGAGGACUGCUGUGAAGAGUUUGAGAAGCAGAACUCCAAACUUCGCAGAGCCGUCACAGAGCUCCAGGACAAGUCGCAGACAUUAAAUGAAACAACGCAGGCCCAUAGAUCUGAGGCCAGUCGUCUUGCUGAAGAAAACCUCGUCCUCAGGCAAAAGAUUGCUGUGUUGAAGGAAGAGGACUUGAAAGAGGCCCAGGAGGAGUUGACACAAACUUUGGAGCGCUUAAAAAAAGAGAAGAGCGCAUCUCAAAAGGCGGCAGAGAAUUUCCAGAAGCAGAUUUCAGAGCUGCAUUUGCAGAGCCAGCAGCUCGAGGAUGAGAAUGAGAUCCUGUCGGAGAAAAACAUCCAAAAUAUUGCCGAUAUGGAGAAUCUACGACAGCAGCUGGCAGAGCUGAUAAAGGAAAACGAGAGGAGGGAGGCGUUCCCCUCCGAAGAGAAAAACAAGCUGGCAGCUUGUGUGUCUGCUCUGGAGGCAGAGCUGACCAAAGCUCUGGAGGACACUGCACAGCUGGAGGAGAGGAAUAUCCAGCUGUCACAGCAGCUGUCUGGCCUCAGAGAGAAGGUGGUGAAGUUGGACUCCAUGGACAAUCAGCUCAGCCAUUUGUUAGAGGAGCGGAAGAGUGCGGAUAUGGAAACUCAGGGCCUCCGCAACCAGCUAACCAAAGCUCAAGAGAAGGUCAAGACAGUGGAUGAAACUCUUCAGGCUGUGAACCAUCAAAGUGCUCGUCUUAAGACAGAUGUUCGUGUUUUGCAGAAGGAGAGGGAUUCGCUUAAACAUGAAGUUGCAAUGCUACACAAACAGCUGCAGAAUGCCACUGAUAAAAACCAUGUUUUAGAGAUGGCCUUGCACUCGAGUGGCCUGCAGAAUCAGAGUAAAAAGCUGUACAGAGAUGAGAUGUCUCGGCUGAUGGAACAAGAGCAGCAGCAACUGAGGCAGGAGAACGAGAGGCUUCAGGCAGAAGUGUGCAGCAUGAAAGGAGACCUCAUGCAGUCCAGAGAAAAGGUCCGCCAGCUGGAUGCUACCGUCAUGUCCUUGAAGCAGCACAAACAGCAGAGUCAGUCCUCCCUGGUGAAGGCCUUGGAACAGGAGAACACCUCCCUGAAGCAGGAGCUCGAAGCACAAAAGGAAAUGACCAAGGACUGUGAAGCUGGACAAGGACACACAGAGCUGGAGAGUCUUCAGCAAGAAAAUGAGGCACUCAAGGCCCAAAUGGCUCGACUGUCUACACAGCUGCUAGAGACAUUUCAGGCUCAGCUGGUUGGUCUUCUGCCUCCGUCACCUCACAGGAUGCCCAGAGGACAGCAUCGAGGUGAAGAUCCGGACAACAUGCAGGAUGAAAGGGACAGGAAGAUGAAGAAUAUGGAGGAGCGUAUGAAGGAAAUUGAACUGUCGCUGCAUAACGUCAAGCUGCUGCUCAAAGAGAAGGUUUCUCAGCUGAAAGACCAGCUCCACAAAAAUGGCAAAGCAGAUGUGCUGAUCAAAGACCUGUAUGUGGAGAACACCCAUCUGCUGAAAGCUCUGGAGAUCACAGAGCAGCGGCAGAAAAUCGCAGAGAAGAAGAACUACCUGCUGGAAGAGAAGAUCUCCAGCCUUAACAAGAUAGUCCGAGAACUAAACCCAUCGCCCCUUCCCUCACUGCCUUACCACUAUAAAUGUUCAUAAUGCAUCACCUAAAAUACCUACAGGUGCUCAGGACUUUAACAGUUCUCCAAAGUCAACUAUGACCUGCACUGUUUUAUUAACUUCAAAGUCUUUUUCCUGUCUUUUUUUUUUUUUUUUUUAUUGAACCCUCCUGCAACAGAUCCAACCAAACGGAUGGAAAAAAAGUUUUUUGUGUCUUUUCAUGUCCAUUGACAGGUUUUAUACUGAUUUAGCCCAAUUUUCACUGUUAAAUAUACAGUAUUUGUUCAUUUUUUUCCUAAGCAAUAAUUAGCUUAAAUUGUGUUGAACUGAUGAAGAACCAAAUGUGAAGGUUUGACUGCAAAGAAAACAUGCUAUUUCAGUUAUUUAAUUUUUAAAAAACAUUUUUCAAAGCAGUAGCUUUUACUAGUAAAUGUGUAAAUAUUUUACCACGACACUAUACUUCUCCCUCAAGAGGAAAAACAAUACUGAAGUGCACUUUUUAUUUAAGUGUUCUUUUGUCUAUGUUGUCAAAGAGAUUAAUUGUGUUAAUCUGUCUGUCCUUUCUGUCUUUAGCCCUUAUGUAAAGAAGAAACAGGAACCUAUUUAUCAGAGGUAAAAUCAUGUCAACAGAAAAGUUAAAUAAUCCGGUGACCUUUUCAGGGUAUUUGCUUUCAUGUAACACUACCUGGAGUCACAUCCACUUUAAAGGUCUGCCAAGUGGCAAUACAUGCUAUUUAUAUGUGAGUAAAAUCCUAUGAUCUGCUGCCAUAUGUGAAGUGUCAAUAUGUAAAGCUGCAUUUGAAGACUGUGCCAUGUGUUUUUGAAUGUUUUUGAGUCAAAUGAAGGACCUUGUCUUUGCAACUGCUGCAGAAUAAGCACUAAACUCGA